UUCGACCUUUCCACAUCUCAAUCUCAGCCGCAGACACACACGCGUGACCUCCACGACGCGUUGGCAGCGAUGGAUCUGAAUAUUGAGACGAGGAUCCCUCUGCGAGCAGGGAAGACGCAAGGCAUGCCCGCGUUCGGCCUUGGCACAUGGCGGUCGGAGCCCAACAAAGUGACAGAGGCGGUGGAAUGUGCCCUGAGCAACGGGUACAUCCACCUGGACUGCGCGGCCGUCUACAACAACGAGCACGAGGUGGGCGAGGGCAUCGCCAGGGCGCUGCAGGCCGGCAAGAUCAACCGAGACAAGCUCUGGGUCACUUCAAAGCUCUGGUGUAAGUGAAGUGGAUGGGCAGGCAGGCAGGCAGACACUCUCUUGUGUGAGAGGUGCAGGCACCAAGUUCCGCCCUGAGGACGUCAAGCCCGCGCUGCAGAGAACCUUGAACGAUCUGCGGCUCGACUAUGUCGACCAGUACCUGCCCCACUGGCCGUGCCCGAUGGCGCCCACCGAUGUCUACUCGGACCCCAUGCCCAAGGACGAGCACGGCGUCAUCCGCGUGGCCGAUGUGGCGCUGACCGACAUGUGGCGUGCGAUGGAGAAGCUGGUCGACGAGGGACUCGUUAAGACACUCGGCAUGAGCAACUUCAAUAUAGAGGUAGGGAGGGGAGGGGAAAGCAGCACAUGUGCUUUCUUCUGAUGGGUGUGUGGGUGGGUGGGUGUGUUGUGCGUGCGAUGUUUCAGGAGACCAAGUUGAUCUUGGACAACUGUGACAUACCCCCGGUGGUGGACCAGGUCGAGUGCCACCCUCUGUUCCCACAGCACGCUCUCAGAGACUUCCUCAAGGUGCCUGCCACACAACACAACACAACACAACACACACGCGGCAAGAGACAGAUAGGGCACCCACCAGUGGACGGACACGUGUGUGUGUAUGCAAUGCAUGCCUGCGUCUGUCAGUCUGAGAACAUCGAGUUGGUGGCCUACAGCCCGCUGGGCAACGUCAACACCGACGGCCCGACGGCCCUCACCGACCCACUCAUAUGCGACCUCGGCAACAAAUACAGCAAGUCGCCCGCGCAGGUACAUACCAUUUCAUUUGCCCGGGCCGAUGCGGGACGGGAUCGAUGCGUUGCGACUCUCACGGCCUCUGCCGUCCGUGUUGUCUCAUCCAUCCACCUUGUGUGUGUAGAUAUGUCUGCGUUGGAACCUCCAGCGGGGCGUGAUUGUCAUCCCCAAGAGCGUCACGCCAUCACGAGUCGUCGAAAACUCAAAGGUCAGUCAGCGGCACAACAAACGGACCAGAUACACACACGCACCGGACCCCCACCAAAGGCAUCUCUCUCUCCGUUUCUCCGUCCGUGUGUGUGUGUGUGUGUGUGUCAGGUGUUUGACCUUCAGCUCUCAGCUGACGACAUGGCGCGCAUCAACAACCUGAGCGAGCACGAGGGCAGAGGGCGCCGACAGAUCAACCCGGACUUCCGCCCCGGGGGGGCCAAGGUCUUCAAAGACUGACUGACUGUGACUGACUGCCGCACAUGGUCUGUCUGGUGCGGGGGAGAAAGGCGAGGCCUCGUGGACGUUUGGAUGUGUGUGUCUGUGGGUCUGUCUGUCUUCAUCUGCGCACGCCACGCCACGCCCUUUUGUAAGUGCGUGUGUGUGUGUGUAAGGGCUGCGAGUGAAUGAGAUGACUGAGUGAGUGUACAUACAGGCAGCCGUAGGUAUGUUUCUGCUCCGCUGCCGUCGCUCGGGAAGUUGUUUCUGGUUGCUUUCAGUGUGGUGCUCCUGGGAAUCGGAAGCCCAGGAACGCCGCGAUGAUAGCAACCAGGAGGAACUCACUCCCGUCACAGCGGCAGACAGGCAGACAUAGAGGAAGCGAAGAGAGACGCCCACGUGUUGCGAGAAAGUUUAUUGUGAGAAGGUGAGCAAGCCACGUCUGUUUCCAGUCCAGUGUGUGUACGAUGCUGCCUGCAAUCAUCAUCUUGCACCCUUGUGUGGCUUGCUCGCUCGUGGUACUUCCGUCGUGGUACACGAUACAAGUCUCACAAGUGAGGCCACAAAUGGCUGUAGGAUGACGGAAGACAUCCAUCCAUCCAUCCUUGAUGUGUAGUUGCUGAGAGAGGUGCUGCCGUGAUGUGACGUGACGGCCUGGUGGUGCCGUGUCAAGUGGUGGAAGUUGUUUCGCGUCAAGCGGGCGACACGCAAACAUCCAUUGAUUGAUUCAUCG